CCCGCGGCCGCCCGGGUGUCCUCGCGUCGCUCGUCCGCGCGCAACCUGGCAGUUUGCCUCUUCUUCGCCCUCCAGCUUGCGUCCAUGGCCACCGCAGCGAACGAGGAGCCCUUCCCUUUCCACGGCCUCCUCCCGAAGAAAGAGACUGGGGCCGCGUCCUUCCUCUGCCGCUACCCGGAGUAUGACGGUCGGGGGGUGCUUAUCGCCGUCCUGGACACGGGAGUCGACCCCGGGGCUCCGGGCAUGCAGGUUACAACUGAUGGAAGACCAAAAAUCAUUGAUAUCAUUGACACAACAGGAAGUGGUGAUGUGAACACUGCUACAGUGGUAGAGCCAAAAGAUGGUGAAAUUAUUGGUCUUUCAGGAAGAGUGCUUAAGAUUCCUGCGAGCUGGACAAAUCCCUCAGGCAGAUACCACAUUGGCAUAAAAAACGGCUAUGAUUUCUAUCCAAAGGCUCUCAAGGAAAGAAUACAGAAAGAACGGAAGGAAAAAAUGUGGGACCCUGUUCACAGAGUCGCCCUUGCAGAAGCCUGUCGAAAGCAGGAAGAAUUCGACGUUGCCAACAAUUGCCCUUCCCAAAUUCUUUCCCAUUAUAGAUUAUUACAAGAUAUUGAAUAUAGUUCCCUGUGCUAUACAGCAAAUAAACUAAUCAAGGAAGAGCUUCAGAGUCAAGUGGAAUUGCUUAACUCUUUUGAGAAAAAAUACAGUGAUCCUGGUCCUGUAUAUGACUGCUUGGUGUGGCAUGAUGGUGAGACCUGGGGAGCCUGCAUUGCUUCAAAUGAAGACGGGGAUUUGAGUAAAUCUACUGUUUUGAGAAAUUACAGAGAGGCCCAGGAAUAUGGCUCUUUUGGCACAGCUGAGAUGUUGAAUUACUCCGUUAAUAUAUAUGAUGAUGGAAACCUGCUCUCCAUAGUGACGAGUGGAGGAGCUCACGGAACACACGUAGCCAGUAUAGCUGCCGGGCAUUUUCCAGAAGAACCUGAACGGAAUGGCGUGGCUCCUGGUGCUCAGAUUCUUUCCAUCAAGAUUGGUGAUACAAGACUAAGCACAAUGGAAACGGGCACGGGCCUUAUCAGAGCUAUGAUAGAGGUUAUAAAUCAUAAGUGUGAUCUUGUCAACUACAGCUAUGGAGAAGCAACUCACUGGCCAAAUUCUGGGAGAAUAUGUGAAGUAAUUAGUGAAGCUGUGUGGAAGCAUAACGUAAUUUAUGUUUCAAGUGCUGGGAAUAACGGCCCCUGCCUGUCUACAGUCGGGUGCCCAGGAGGAACCACAUCAAGUGUGAUAGGUGUUGGUGCCUACGUUUCUCCUGAUAUGAUGGUUGCCGAGUAUUCUCUGAGAGAGAAAUUACCUGCAAAUCAGUACACGUGGUCUUCUAGAGGCCCCAGUGCUGAUGGGGCCCUUGGAGUGAGCAUCAGCGCCCCAGGAGGUGCCAUAGCCUCUGUUCCUAACUGGACGCUGCGUGGAACUCAGCUCAUGAACGGGACGUCUAUGUCUUCUCCCAACGCGUGUGGAGGCAUCGCCUUGAUUCUGUCAGGUCUGAAAGCUAAUAAUGUUAACUACACGGUUCAUUCAGUCAGAAGAGCUCUCGAAAACACUGCAGUGAAGGCUGACAAUAUAGAAGUGUUUGCCCAAGGACAUGGUAUUAUUCAGGUUGAUAAAGCCUAUGACUACCUCGUUCAGAAUACAUCAUUUGCUAAUAAGUUAGGUUUCACUGUUACUGUUGGAAAUAACCGUGGCAUCUACCUCCGAGAUCCUGUUCAGGUGGCUGCACCUUCAGAUCACGGUGUUGGCAUUGAACCUGUAUUUCCAGAAAAUACUGAAAACUCUGAGAAAAUAUCCCUUCAGCUUCAUUUAGCUUUAACUUCGAAUUCAUCAUGGGUUCAGUGUCCCAGCCAUUUGGAACUCAUGAAUCAGUGCAGACACAUAAACAUACGUGUGGAUCCCAGGGGCUUAAGAGAAGGAUUGCAUUAUACGGAGGUAUGUGGCUAUGAUAUAGCAUCGCCUAACGCAGGUCCUCUGUUCAGAGUCCCAAUCACUGCAGUUAUUGCAGCAAAAGUAAAUGAAUCAACCCAUUAUGAUCUAGCCUUGACAGAUGUACAUUUUAAACCUGGUCAAAUUCGGAGGCAUUUUAUUGAGGUUCCUGAGGGUGCAACGUGGGCUGAAGUUAUGGUGUGCUCCUGUUCUUCUGAGGUGUCUGCCAAGUUUGUUCUUCAUGCAGUGCAGCUUGUGAAGCAGAGAGCCUAUCGAAGUCAUGAGUUCUAUAAGUUUUGUUCCCUUCCAGAGAAAGGAAUGCUGACUGAAUCCUUUCCUGUCUUGGGUGGGAAAGCAAUUGAGUUUUGUAUUGCUCGUUGGUGGGCAAGUCUUAGUGAUGUCAAUAUUGAUUAUACCAUUUCUUUUCAUGGGAUAGUAUGUACUGCUCCUCAGUUAAACAUUCAUGCAUCAGAAGGAAUCAACCGUUUUGAUGUUCAGUCCUCCUUGAAAUAUGAAGAUCUGGCUCCCUGCAUAACUUUGAAGAGCUGGGUCCAAACACUGCGGUAUCUUCAGUGUUUUGGGGCUGCAAAUGUUGGCCCACUCAGUGCAAAAACAAAACCUUUAGGAUCAAGGGAUGUUUUGCCAAAUAAUCGUCAACUUUAUGAGAUGAUCCUGACUUACAACUUUCAUCAACCCAAGAGUGGGGAAGUGACUCCAAGCUGCCCCCUGCUUUGUGAAUUAUUGUACGAAUCAGAAUUUGACAGCCAGCUGUGGAUUAUAUUUGACCAGAACAAAAGACAGAUGGGUUCCGGCGAUGCUUACCCUCAUCAGUAUUCUUUGAAACUGGAGAAAGGAGAUUAUACAAUUCGACUGCAGAUUCGACAUGAGCAGAUCAGUGAUUUGGAACGUCUUAAAGAUCUUCCAUUUAUUGUUUCUCAUAGGUUGUCUAAUACCUUGAGCUUAGAUAUUCAUGAAAAUCAUAGUCUUGCACUUCUAGGAAAGAAGAAAUCAAGUAACUUGACAUUACCACCCAAAUAUAACCAGCCAUUCUUUGUUACUUCCUUACCUGACGACAAAAUACCUAAAGGGGCAGGACCUGGAUGCUACCUUGCAGGAUCAUUAACGUUGUCAAAGACUGAACUCGGAAAGAAAGCUGAUGUAAUACCUGUUCAUUACUACCUAAUAUCUCCACCAACAAAGACUAAGAAUGGCAGCAAAGAGAAAGAAAAAGAUUCAGAAAAAGAGAAAGAUUUAAAAGAAGAGUUUACUGAAGCAUUACGAGAUCUUAAAAUUCAGUGGAUGACAAAGCUGGAUUCUAGUGACAUUUAUAAUGAAUUGAAGGAAACAUACCCUAAUUAUCUCCCUCUGUACGUUGCACGACUUCAUCAGUUGGAUGCUGAAAAGGAACGAAUGAAAAGGCUUAAUGAAAUUGUCGAAGCUGCAAAUGCUGUUAUUUCUCAUAUAGAUCAAACGACCCUAGCAGUUUAUAUUGCGAUGAAGACUGACCCCAGGCCCGAUGCAGCUAUUAUAAAAAAUGACAUGGACAAGCAGAAGUCGACACUCGUAGACGCCCUGUGUAGGAAAGGCUGUGCCCUGGCCGACCACCUUCUCCAGACCCGGGAGGAGGACGGGGCUGCAUCAGGCGACCUGGAAGGGAGAGAGGAGGAGGGAGAGAGCGCCCUGGAUUCUCUGACGGAAACUUUCUGGGAAGCUACAAAAUGGACUGAUCUUUUCGACAGUAAGGUUUUGACAUUUGCAUACAAGCAUGCCUUCGUAAAUAAAAUGUAUGGGAGAGGCCUUAAAUUUGCAACUAAACUUGUGGAAGAAAAACCAACAAAAGAAAACUGGAAAAAUUGUAUUCAACUGAUGAAGCUGCUUGGAUGGACCCAUUGUGCGUCUUUUACCGAAAACUGGCUCCCCAUCAUGUAUCCUCCUGAUUACUCUGUAUUCUAAAAUAGGAACCAAGACUUUAAAUUUUAAAAAAGUUUUAUAGUGAAUGGAUAUAAAAACAAAUUUGUGGCAUUUUUAGUCUAAUGCAUGUUUUCAUCUGCUAUCAAAUACUGAUUAUUAAAAUGAUGUGUAUUUAUCAGAGAAUUUGCUGGCGUGUGGCUUAAUACAUGUAAAUCUAGACCUCUGACAUCAUGGUGUUUUCUUAAUGCCUCACAUUGCUGGCAGCGGGCUGUGCCCUGGCUGCCAGCACCAAGGACUUUCAGUUGGGUUGCAGCUGUUACAUGCAUGAGAGGUUUUGAACAGUAACUUUUAACUGCAAACCUAUAAAAUUCUAUUUUUUAUUUUAUAAAUGAACAGGGUUUUAACAUGCGCGACUUUAAUUUUUUUCAAUUGUAUGAAGGCCUUAAAAAAGCUACAUUAAGCGUAGCUAAAAUUAUUUAUUAGACUAAAAAGUAACAGAACUUCAUUUCCAGAUUUUUUUUUUUUUUUUGGCAAACGUUUACAUUCAAUUAAGGGGAGAAAAUAAAACCGGCACAAAUAAAUUUGUGGCAAACGCUGGAGCAUAACUGCUUCAAUCAGUCUUCAUCUUGGAGUUAUUUCAGGCCAAUCAUUUUUAACAUCUUCCUGACAUGCAGAGCAUCAGAAUGAACUAAUAAUACAUGUAUAAGUGCCAGACAGCUUAAAUCUGUAUCAGGUAUUGUAAAGAUACAUAUAUGGUAUGUUUAUUAAAGUUGAAAUAAUGUAAACACGUGAAUAAAUGUGCAAACCCAAGAUCGCAGUACACCAUAUGCACUCUCAUACCUUAAUUUUUUUAUAAAUAAUAAAAGUGAAUAUUGAAGGUU